AGAAACAAAAUUAGUUAGCACACCUACUUCCACAAUUGAGAACACCGCAGCUGCUACUGCUGAUCACUAUUUCAUCAUCGCAAUUUUAAUUUCCACUAUUUUUAUUUUCUCUGAGGAAAUUGUGAUGAUGGUGAGAACGUCGUCGUUGGGAAGCUGCAGCACCUGGUAUAGCCGGUCGUUUGACUUGCCGGGGGACUCGAGUGAGCCGACCGCGGUUGGAGGUGCAAUGCUGCCGAUUUUUCUUAAUGACUUGAGAAGACACGGUAAUGGGGAGGGGAGGGAGUCGGUUGAAGUCGUCACCGUCGAUCUUAUGGAUAAUGCUGCCGCAGGAUUACCCGCAAACCAGCCCCUGGCAAACGGUUUUCUAGCACGGAGUACGUCAGCGGCGUCGAGGCUCCGAAGGAUGUUCUCCUGGCGGUCGACGAGGAAGUCGACUUCGGACGGGGAGGAUCAGCACCAGGCGGCCGUUGCAGCCGCUCGUGAGAUGAUGAGGAUGAAGACGAAGAUGAUGAGGAAUAAAUCUAGCGCUCAGAGAGCGCUCGGCGGCCUGAGAUUCAUCAACAAAAGCACCGGCGGCGGAUCGGACGCUAACGUGAUGUGGAAACAAGUGGAGGCUAGGUUCGAUGUAUUGGCUAAGGACGGAUUGCUCUCCAGACACGAUUUCGGCGAAUGCAUAGGGAUGGGAGAUUCGAAGGAGUUCGCGGUGGGGGUGUUCGACGCGGUGGCAAGGAGGCGGCGGCAGAAGAUAGGGGGAAUAACGAAGGCGGAGCUGCAUGAGUUUUGGCUCCAAAUAUCUGACCACAGUUUCGACGCCCGUCUCCAGAUAUUCUUCGACAUGGUGGACAGCAAUGGCGACGGAAAAAUCACGAGAGAUGAAGUGCAAGAGCUAAUAAUGCUGAGUGCAUCGGCGAAUAGGUUGUCCCACUUGCAAGAGCGUGCGGAGGAAUACGCCUCCUUAAUCAUGGAAGAACUUGACCCACAUCAUCUUCACUACAUUGAGUUGUGGCAGUUGGAAGCAUUACUUCUUCAGAGAGACAAUUACAUCAACUACAGCAGAGCUCUGAGUACAAGCAGUAUAGGCAGAGGCCAGAAUGUAAGCACUACCUUUAACUUUAAGCCCACAAACCUGGUGGAGAAUUGGCAAAGAACCUGGAUUCCACUGCUGUGGGUUAUGGCCAUGGCUGGACUUUUCACCUGGAAGUUCCUUCAAUACAGGAAAAGGGCAGCAUUUCAGGUGAUGGGUUAUUGCUUGACAACAGCCAAAGGAGCUGCAGAGACGCUCAAACUCAACAUGGCUCUCAUCCUUCUACCCGUUUGUCGCAAUAUACUGACAUGGCUCAGGUCCACAAAAGCCAGCCUCUUCAUUCCUUUAGACGACAAUAUCAAUUUUCACAAGGUGAUUGCAUGCGCUAUAGCAAUUGGGACCAUACUCCACGCCGGAAACCAUUUAACAUGUGAUUUUCCACGUAUAAUCAGAUCAACACCACAAGAAUUCGCUCUUGUGGCUUCUGACUUCCAUGCAGUAAAGCCCACUUAUAAAAACCUUCUGACUGGAGUUGUCGGCUUAACUGGGAUCGCCAUGGUGACAUUCAUGACAAUUGCAUACAGCCUAGCAACACAAAGCUUCAGAAAAAAUGGGGUAAAGUUGCCAAAACCUUUCAACCGACUAACUGGCUUCAAUGCGUUCUGGUAUUCUCAUCACCUAUUUGGUUUAGUAUACAUAUUGCUUCUGAUCCAUGGAACCUUCUUGCUCCUCGUCCACAAAUGGUACCAGAAAACAACAUGGAUGUAUAUAUCAGUUCCAUUGCUUCUUUACACUGCUGAACGAAGUCUCAGAACUUGCAGGGGUGAACUCUAUGCAGUUAAGAUUUUGAAGGUUUCUGUACUUCCAGGAGGAGUCUUCAGCCUUAUCAUGGCAAAGCCAAAUGGAUUCAAAUACAAAAGUGGACAAUAUGUUUUCCUACAAUGUCCAACCAUCUCUCCAUUUGAAUGGCAUCCAUUUUCACUGACUUCAGCACCGGGAGACGACUACCUCAGCGUUCACAUCCGUACAGUAGGCGACUGGACGCAAGAACUUAAGCAAGUAUUUACUGAAGAUAAUAGCUCAGCAUGUGUUAUUGGGCGAGCUAAGUUUGGAGCACUAGGAAAUGUUCUCCAAGCAGGUCAGCCUAAACUGCUAGUUGAUGGACCCUAUGGAGCUCCAGCACAAGACUAUCGAAACUAUGAUGUGUUACUUCUGGUAGGACUUGGUAUUGGAGCUACUCCAUUCAUAAGCAUCCUCAAGGAUCUCUUGAACAAUACAAGACAAGACGACCAAUUAGUCGCAUACAUGGACUCAAAUACAGAAACCAGUAGAUCAGAUGACAGUUCAAAUAGUUUUACCUCUUCAUCAUCAACUGGAAAGAAGAAAUCAGCACGGACAAGGAAUGCACACUUCUACUGGGUUACAAGAGAACCUGCAUCGUUCGAGUGGUUUAAAGGAGUGAUGAAUGAAGUGGCAGAGAUGGAUUGUAAGGGUCAAAUUGAGAUGCACAAUUACCUGACCAGUGUUUAUGAAGAGAGUGAUGCAAGAUCAACUCUCAUCACCAUAGUCCAAGCUCUAAACCAUGCUAAACAUGGAGUCGAUAUUCUAUCUGGCACUCGAGUAAGGACACACUUUGCAAGGCCAAAUUGGAGAGAUGUGUUCAACAAGGUGGCUGCAAAGCAUCCAUGUUCCACAGUAGGAGUUUUCUAUUGUGGGACGCCCGUCUUAGCAAAGGAGCUAAGGAAACUAUCGCAAGAAUCGAGUUCCCAAACAUCAACGAGGUUCGAAUUCCACAAGGAGUACUUCUGAUGAACGAAAUCAGAACCUAAUCAGUCAAGCGGAAUUGUCAUUGUUCAUGUGUAAGACGAUACGUCAAUUUAGUAAAUGUAAAUGCAGAUAUCAUGCAGCUAGCUGCACGAUACUCAUACUACAAAAUGGAGAUUUCAAAAAGAGAGCAAGAUUAGAAUUAGGCAGAUGGGAUGUGGAAAGAGAGAAUGCUGCUCAAUUUUGCUUUAUGUCAUUCAAUAUUAGAUCACUCCUUUAAACCAUGAGUAGAUGGGAUUUGAGUAGAUGAAGACCGUACUAUUGGAAUUACUCCUAAAUAGAAAAUUAUAUUCCAUGCAUUCAUGGUUGGUGAG